AAACAUACGUCACUAGAGCAUUCCCCCACCAGGUUCAAGCACACAAAGCAUGCCUUACUGUUGUAUAUAUUUUUACUAUUGAACUAACUUUUGAACUGGUUACAUAAUGUAUGUGUUUAAAGAUUAAUAUGUGCUUGCAGUUUUAACUUGCAAUCAGGUUUUUACGUAAAUGGGGUUAAGCCAAACUUGUCAGAGGCAUGGAUAUAAGCAGCUGGGAAGAUGCCCAGUGGUGGUCUGGCGCUUAUGAAGAAGACACCACUCAUAGUUUAGAAUUGGAUGGAGAAAAUGGAGCAUGGGCGAGGGGUUUUCUUCCUCCUCCCCCACGUCCCAAUUUCCUUGAGAUGGAUAUACCGACUGAUGGCCUUACUACUUGUGAUCUGUGUACAUGGGCCAGUGAUGUCCAUGGAAAUAUAACAUCAAGAAGUAGCUUAGCAUUUUUUCCUUGGUCCAUCACCUUGAUAAUUGUUUCAAUUUUGUCAGCUCUUGUUGGAGCUGCUUUGAUGGUUUCUGUGAGACAUUGUUUUAAAAGGGUUAACACUAAUAAUAGGACUCCUAUAGGAUAUUCUGAAGAUGAUAGAGAAAAUCAUGAAAGAGAAGUUAGUAAAGGAAGAUCUGAUAAAAGAAGACAGGGCGGUGAAGGUGGAGUUUGGUGCUGGUUAUCUCGAAGACCAACGUUAGAAUCACCACCAGAGGUAACAGCUACCAACCACUAUACUGAUGAGGCAUAUUCGGGUGUUGAAGCACUUUAUGCAGAAUUAGAUAAACCGGUUUACCAGAAUACUGGUUAUGUGUUAGAUGCUGAACCAUCAUCUCCUCCAAGUUCUGCUUAUUAUUCAGAUUUUUCAGAAAGAACUUAUGAAACUGUUGGUGGAAAUAACACAUGGGAAAUGUGCCAAAUACCGCUUUCACGUCAGCGUCUAUCUGCUAUAUCUGAAGCUGCUGUCCAUUCUGAUUAUGUUUAAAAAUUGUGAAUUGUCUUUUGCAUUUUAUAUAUUUCACACACAGAAAUAUAUUUGGGUAUACAAUAAGAAAAACAAUCACUGCCACUUAUUUUUAUAUUGAAAUAAAUAUAAAAUUUUUGACAAAUUACAAAUAUACUUUUGUAUUUUUUUAAUAUACUGAAUAGUGGAUAUAUAAUCUCAAAGAUGUAUUUUAUUAUAAUGUUUCAUAAUAUUAUUACUUUUUCAAGAAGAGCUGUUUUUAUUUUUGAGAUUGUUAAAUUAAAAGAGAUUAGCUUAUGAAAUUUUUAUAAAUGUUAUAAAUCGAGCUUACUGAUAUUCAAUGAAAAUAGCAAUAUUUUGUUUGUUAUCAUCCUAAGGAUGUAUUGUAUGUUUUGUUUGAAGGUAUUUAAUAAGAAUUGAUAAUUCUGUGCAAAAAUUUGAAUGCAUUUAGUUGUUGAAAAAGGUCAACAUUUUAGUUUUAAUAUAAAAUGAAGAUAUGUUUUAGUUUUAGUUUAUUUUUAGAUUACAAGUUAAUUUUACCAUAGUUAUAAAUAAAGUUUAUCAUUUUGAUGAAGA